ACAGGCCACACGCACAACCAAACUCAGCGACAGCACGGCCGCGCGGUGCUCUAACGCGUGCUAAACACCAGCUCUCAAGCCCACGCACGCGCUCGGAAGCGCUCGUACAAGUUACGUAGCUAAACAGCAAGGAGAGGCCUUGGUGCUCUCAGGCACACGCUCGCGCUUCGUAAAGGAGCGUGUAGAAGCAGCGCGCUCGCUAGCCGUCGGCCAAGAAGCUCAACGCCGAGGCGCUAAAGAAGUUUCAUCCAUACAGCGGCGCGGUAAAAAAUAUGCCGCCCAAGGAACGGCUAACGGCGGCGCAGCACCUCGCAAAAUAUGGCGCGAACGCGGCAUUUUACGUGAACACCGAAGAAGGCGCGAACAUCAUCUGUAAGCCGCUUCCGUACUGCCGUUUACGCGGCGACACAAGACAUAAGGUCCUCGAAUAUUUAGUGUGCGUCAGUGACAAGAGCGGCGAGCGGCACGCGCUACGCGCCCAGCCGCAUCAGUACUUCCGGGCCGAUGAGAUCGACGAUCCAGUGCCGCCGAAACCGGUGCGCAUCGUGGCAGGUAUGUACUACGACGUGCCCUUGUCGCGCGGCGUCCUCAAGCGCAGUGCGGCCGCCGCGGUCGACACGCUCAUAAAACAUUCUAGUGCGGUUCCUUUAGUUUGCAAGACCAUGAACCUGGACUACAAGGCCGUCGUGACGCGGCCCGCGGCGAUAAACCGAGCCACGCCGCGCGCUUGGCUCGAGCACCUGUACUGCCGCCCGUCGGACGGCCUCAACGAUCAGGCGGUCAAGAAGGAGUUGAUCGCGCGGCAGAAAGCGGGGAAAGCUGCUAAUCUCACGCGCGAGCUCCUCCAGCGGUGUGCGGAGUCCGUCGAGUUCCGCCACGCUCGGCAGUCGGUUGGCGGACCAAAAUCUCUUCCAGUUGGACCGCCUGGCGGAGCAUCGGACAACGUCCAGAUCUUCCGGUGCCCGGCCACGUGGUCCGACGCGCAAAAAGAGGGCGCGACGACGCUGUUAGGGUAUUCGCAGAUGGAGCAGGACGACCUCUCGCGCGGGCUCGCCAUGACGCACUCGCGCGUGCUGACCGUCGACGAAGCCAACGGCAAGGGGCCCUGCGACCGCGCGCAGCUCACUCAGAUCACCAAAUACUCGCUCGGCGCGCUCUUCGAUCAUCUGAAAGGGCGGCGGUUGACCGUUGUUGUGACCAAUGUCUCCCUCGUACAACAUCACGUCGUUAGCAACAACUUUUUGGGUACUAAUGAGACGCCUCAACCGCUGACGCCCGAUGACUACGAGGCGAUGGCCGCCGAUCUGCGCCUCGUCCUGGGAUCCGUCGCCUCCGACCACCGCCUGCCCACGGCGUGGACGAACAAAGUCCCGAAACCGCACAACCAGUUUGAACAAAAAAUAGGAAAGCUAGGUGACGCUGACUUUCGGGCGGAGUGCCACGACUCCUCGCGGCCGCCUCUCACGACCUACGCCGAGCUGUUGAGAGUGAUGGCGGAAAAUAAUGUGCCACUUGUGAGUCUGGACCAGGACGCCGUCCCUCAGACAGAUAAUGGCGUUUUGAAACCCCUCAAGGACUUCGACGCAAAGUCUCUUCACGCUCCUCAGGGCCACGCGAGUCGACAUUGCGAUGCCCACAGAGUUACGACUCAAUCCGCAGACGCAUCAACACGAUUCUCCUCAGCACAGACGGAAUCCGUAUCCAACUCAUUACUAUGUCGGCAUUCCCUCGGUCAAAGGCACGCGGCCGGGCGCCGCCCUCCUCUCCGGCGAGGGGGCGAUUGAACUCAAGAUUGACACGAACGUCUUCCACGAGCGAACUGCCCUAGAAGACGGCAUCAUCUUCGUCAACUUCGGCGAGGCCGCCGAGGGGCGCUUUGCAGUUCUCAUGCAUAUCAAAAUACCAGGCAUGGACUGAACGUGCCACGCGCGCCCCUGUCAUAAGAUACAUUCACA